AUGACGAAGUUUGGGUACAAGCAAAGUGACUCAGAUCAUACUUUGUUUCUUAAGAGACAAAAAGGCCGCAUCACAUGUUUGAUCAUUUAUGUUGAUGACAUAAUCAUUACCGGAGAUGAUAAAGAAGAAAUUGGGAUUCUCAAAAAGCAGUUGUCUUGCGAAUUUGAGAUGAAAGAUUUGGGUUAUCUAAAGUACUUUCUUGGUAUUGAAGUCCUAAGAUCAAAAGGGUGUAUCUUUAUAAAUCAAAGGAAGUAUAUACUUCACUUAUUGGCUGAAACUGGAAUGAUUGAUUGCAAACCCGCAGAUACUCCUAUUAUAGCACAUCAUGGACUCCAGAUGAUUAAAGGAGGAAAAUUAGCAUAUAGAGAGCAAUAUCAGAGGGUGGUAAGAAAACUUAUCUAUUUGGCUCAUACUCGUCCCGACAAUUUAUAUGCGGUUGGGAUAGUGAGCAGAUUCAUGCAUCAACCACAGAUACAUCAUACGGGAGCCGUUAUGAGAAUCUUAAGGUACCUCAAGGGUACAAGCAGCUGA